CAGACUAUUCAGAAUUACAUGCGUUUGUUAAAAUGGACUUUGUCUCCUGGAGCGUUAGAUUCUAUAUACAAAACUUUUAUAGUUGCCAACUUUAAUUAUGUAAGCGAAAUUUAUUCUCUAACUAUGUAAGAAAAUAUUAAAAAGUUGGAGAGGAUUCAAUACCAAGUUGCACUAACAGUCACAGGUACUAUGCGAGGGUCGUCGACAGAUAAGGUCUUGAAGGAUUUAGAAUGGUUAACAGUUUCACAGUUGUUUUAUGUGAAUAGAAUGUGCCUAUUCUAUAAGAUUCUUAUGUGUUUUAGUCGUGUAAAUCAUUCGGUCCUCUAGUACACGUUACCUAAUAAAACAUUUACAAAUCAAACAUCAGCACAAUCAAUUGCAUCAGCAACAACAUCAAAAUCAACAAAGAAAAAAAUAGCAAAAAUAUAUAUUUUAUAACUAAAACAGCAUAUUUAUCAGUUGAAUUAAAUGCACAUAAUUUAUUGUAUUUAAUAUUAUUAGUUAAAGAAAAACAGUUACCGAAAGAAUCAUUAAAUAUUUAUUUAUUCAAUUCACAAUCGUGUGAAGAUAUGUUUCGGAAUACACGACCAUUAAGUGAUGCUUAUUCAACAAUAAUAAAUUUUACAAUUCAUGAUUUUUUUCGACGAGCUGAAAAAUUAUCAUUAUUAAAUCAUAUAAAAUGUACUGAAUUAAUAAAUCAAAAUGAUGAAAAUAUAUUAUUUCCAAUACAUCAUAAACAUAAAACUGACAAUGAUUUAUUAAUAAUACCAAAUUUAGAUGAUAUUACUCAAUUAGAUAUAGAACAAAUUAUAUUAGAUUCGUAUCUUACAUCAAUUAAAUUAACUGAACGUUUAAAUAUAACAAGAUUAUUAAAAAAACAUCGUGUUUAUGAAUUAGGACAGUUAAGUAAAUUUAUAUUUAAUAAAUUAAAAUCAAAAUCAAAACUACAUGAUAAUUUAUCGCCAACACCAAUAAAUAACGUUGAUGAUGAUAGCACUGAUUCAAAAUCUGAUGAUUCUGAAUUAAAUGAUGACGCUGAUAAUGAUGAUGACAAUGAUAACACUAGUGAUGAAGAUAAUGAUUAUAUAACGGAUGAUGAUGAUGAUAAUGAAAAUAUCCAAUGA